AUGGCUCCGCAGAAUGAGCUUCCUCUACAAGAAGUGCCUGUGCCGCGAGCUCCUUGGCUGAGCCCGACGAUGCACACGGCGCUGUACAUGAUUGCUUGGAUCGUCAGCUCAAAUGCGACUGUCAUAUUUAAUAAAUGGAUUAUUGAUACUGCGGGAUUUGAUUAUCCUAUUCUGUUAACAGGCUGGCACCUACUCUUCGCAUCAAUCGUAACACAAAUCCUCGCACACACCACAAAGCUCCUCGACAGUCGACAUGACUUAUCCAUCAACCGUCGCUUCUACAUCCGCACCAUUAUCCCGAUCGGAAUUGUCUCUUCAGGCUCCCUUGUCUGUGCCAAUGUUGUCUAUGAAUACUUGUCAGUGGCCUUCAUCCAGAUGCUCAAGGCCGGAUCACCUGCCGUCGUGCUCUUCGUGUCAUGGAUCUGGGCCGUGACCACACCUACCGUGGGCAUGAUUGUCAACAUCGCUGUCAUUGUUUCUGGCGUCGCAAUGGCUAGUGCAGGCGAGAUUGCCAUCUCUUGGACCGGAUUCGCUUAUCAGGCCGCCGGUUUGGUGUUUGAGGCCGUCAGAGUCGUGAUGCUGCAGGUUAUGCUGGGUGGUGAAGGCAUGAACAUGGACCCUCUGGUCUGUCUUUACUACACUGCCCCAGUUUGUGCUUUGGUGAACCUCACCAUGGCCCUUGCUAUUGAGCUGCCGCGUUUCCAAUUUGACACGGCAAUGAGUGUUGGCCCGCUGAUUCUGCUUGCCAAUGCUGCGGUCGGCUUCACGGUGAACUUUACAAGUAUGGUCUUGAUUGGCAAGACAUCUGGUCUGGUUACGACACUCACCGGCAUCUUCAAAAACAUCCUCCUUAUCGCUUGCUCAACCGCCAUCUGGCGCACCGAGAUCACGCCCAUUCAAAUCCUAGGCUACAGCAUCAGUCUGAUGGGUUUGAUCUACUACGCCCUCGGCGUGGACAAGUUGAUGGCAGCCUGGACUUCUUUGCAGAGCAGGGCGGCAGGUGGCUACGUUCUGCUCAAGGAGCGGACUACCUCAUACAGGCUGAUGAUUGGCCUCAGUAUUGGAAUCUUCCUGUGCUUUAUUACUGGUACUCUGUUUUGGUGGCAGAGGGGUUUUGGAAUAGACAUGUCCCUGUUUUCUAGUUCUGGUUAG